AAUAUCUGCUCACAUGUGCCACAGUGCUACUGAUAUAAAGGUGAGGCAGAUGGCAAAAUCUCUUCACAGUAGCCACUGAAUAAGUAGAUUUCUCAUAGGAGCACAUACAACAGUGCCAGAAAUACAGCAAGCACUGUGCCCAAUUAAACAGAUGUCUGCAAGAUGACUGUGGAUGUUCCUGAGACCUGUGUGUCUAGUGCUGUUGGUUGCCUGCCUCGCUGUGGCCUAUGACAGUGACGACCUCCGUGACUCACGUGGUGACAUUGUGCAGUGCAUCCCACAUGAGUGCAACAAGCCCUGCAACCCUCCACCAUACUACUGCCCCUCAGGAGUUGUAAAGAACUGUGGUUGCUGUGAUGUAUGCUGGAUACACUUGAAAAUUGGAGAAAGGUGCCGCAAGGUAGUUCCCGAAAACACAAUGUGCGGGCCACAUUUAGUGUGUGGCUCUAGAGGUGUGUGUGUGCCCCUGGCUAGAGAAAAUGUGGAAGAUGAUGAAGACAGCUCCGACAGCUUGAACAGCUCUGAGUAAGACCCUGCAUACAAAAAAGCAAUGCCGUGCUUGCACGUAACUUCUAUAAGUUUUAAUAUUUUUCAGAAAGAUGAAGUUCAAUGUAACUUAUAGAUAAUUCUGAAAAUAAACCAUUAUAAGUAUUAUGUAUUUCUUUUGUCAUAGUAUAUAAAUGCAACAUAUACACAUACUGAUGUACUCAGACUGAGCACUAUUAUACA